AUGGCGGAAUUUAGCGCGAUUUGGAAGAGGGUAAGCGGGCAGGACGAGCAGCAGGCGCGCAGCGUACGCGAGAUUCUCGAGGGUUUUUACUCGGAUCCGUGUCGAAAGUAUCACGGCUUGAAUCACGUGAAGGAUUGCUUGGAUCAGCUGGCCGAUUUUCGCCAUGGCGGCAAUGCUGAUCUCGCGGAUUCUCAGCUCGACGAGGUUGCCGUUGCUCUCUGGUUCCACGACGCGAUCUACAACCCCAAAUCGACCAACAACGAGGCCAACAGCGCGGCGUUGUUCGUGGAUUUGUCGCGAGGUAUGGAGGCGAGCGCUCGCGAGAGGAUUGAGAGGAUGAUCCUGGCGACAAGAGACCACAUCGGAGACGAUCCGGCGGAGAGGCUGAUCGUGGACAUCGAUCUGUCGAUUUUGGGACGCGGGAAGGAGGAUUUCAAUGCGUACAACGAGGGCAUCCGGAGCGAGUACUCGUGGGUACCCGAGAAUGUGUAUCGCGAGAAGAGGGCCGCCGUGCUCAAAAGAUUCCUCGAGCGAGAGCGCCUCUUUUGGACGGAUUACUUCCACGCCAAGUUUGAGCGAGAGGCGAGAGCGAACCUCAAAACAACUUUGGCGGCUCUAGAGGAGCCAGAGAGUGGCAGAGACGGGGUGGCUUUCUCUUGAUCGAUCGAUGGAGGCCGCUUGGCUUUUGGCUCUGGGAUUGCUGAUUCUCCUUGUCUCACCAUCUCUUCUAAGCUCACUGGUGAUGAGCCAUUUAGGAGCUGUGCUGGAUAUCUGAUGGCUCCAAACACCUAGAAAUAGAAUUGAAAUAAAUUAAUUUAAUUUUAAGUAA